GUGCCUGAGCCCAUGUGCGGCACCACCUUGUCCUUGAAGAGGGGCGGGUUGUGAAACGUGGAGUUUCGGUACCCAUGGCGCACACAUUGUCCUCCAGCAUUUCCUCUUGAAUGCCGAAGGGAGCCUAGGAAUAAAGUAGUCAUCUUUGGAUGUCGUGUCCUCGGCCUUGGGCCUCUCGCUGCUUUCUGUCUGGCCACGGGAGACCCCCAUGAUGCGGUUUGUGGCCUCGGCUGCCACCGUCCUCACCCGCACCCACUCCUUGCCAUCCCCCCUCCCCAGUUCACACUGUUCUAAUGGCGGAGUCCCAAGGUCAAAAGAAAAACCAGCAGAAGCCCUUUUACAUUUUAUUUUAUUUUUUCAUUUACAUUUUAAAAGACUGAUAAAAAGAGACUGGGAAAGUGAAAGAUGGCAUGCAGUGGACAGUGUCCUGAAUCGGGAGUGUGGCAAUCCAGUCUGGUUCCUGAUAUGCCACUAGCAGUCUGUGUGACCUUGGGAAAAUGUCUACACCACUCUGAGUCUGAGGAGAUGAUUGCUGAAGUCUCCUUUAGUAGGGGUUUUGAUAGUUUUAAUAGGCUAUGCUAUCUAUUCUAGAUUUAGUGGGAAUAUCUACUAACUAAAGGUUGUGGUUCCAAAGAGGCAAAGGUGGUUGUUACUUCCCUAUCAGGUGAACCACCUGUUUUGGCUGACUGGGAACUUUCUCAGUUUUCGCCCUGGAAGCCUUGCAUCCCAGGAGGCCCCUCAGUCCUGAGCAAACCAGCACGCUUGGUGACCCUCAUUCUCUCUUCUGAGGUAGAUGGUUCUGGAUCCCCAGCGCUUGCCUCAGCUAAGGAAUCCCAUGAGCGUGGCUCUGAUUUUGUGCCAGGUGCAACAAAAGCAGGCUAUAUGACAAGCCCAACUAUGUGCCAGUGACCUGUGACAUCACAGUUCUUACUAAAUGCCUUGUCAAUUAACAGGAGACACCGAAGGGCUGUAGUCACAAAUAAAGGAGGAAAAAGGGAGGCACUUUUAGAAAAUGCAUUUGAGACCCGGCGUGACUGCCAGUCCUUGGCACAGCUGCACUCAACGCCGUCGGUGGUCUUUAGAGACCCCGGGGCACAGUCCAAGGAAAGGACAGAGUGUCCCGAACGUCCACUGAUGAACACUGCCCUUCCGAGCACCGAGGAGGGGUCAUGGAUCUGUGAGCACUUGACCAACCAUGUCCGAGGAUAUAUAAUCCUCUGAGUUUCCCUAGACGCGGGAGCAUUAAAUCCAGUAUCUUCUUACAUUGAAGCCAAGACUAUGAAUCACAGAAAAAAAUUAAGGACAAAAGCUGAAUUUGUGUCACUCUUUAAAACCAUCAGGAUGAUUCCUUGGAGGCACAUUUUGAUAGAUAUUUGCUCUAGAAUGAACUCAGGAAGUGCCACUGACAUGUACUUACUUGAGGGACCAAGGAACGAACCCUACAUCUCUUUAAGCCCCAGAAUAUCCUCUGUUUAGGACCAGGGCUACUGAGCAGUCCCCUAGUAUUGAAGAGGGGACAGACCUCUGUCCUCAGCAAUGGUGCGUUCAUUUCCCCACUGACUGCGUUCAGAGCCUUCAAAGGGCAACACGGUGAAGACAAAAUUCACAGACAACGUCCUAAGAAUUAAAGAGCGUGUGAGAAAAACCAGAUGGGACAAGAAGACUGGUUUUUGAUGAGUCACUAAUUCCUUCCCAGUUUGCAUCGGCGCAGUCAUGAACACGGUUCCGACUCUGGUCAUUUGAAGCUGUUUGGUUGUAUGCUCACAAGUUAGGCAGUGUAAUCGAUCUGAGGAAUGCCGCUGGCUUCCACGUAUUUUGAUUGGAUGCGAUCAUUUAUUUGGGGCCAGGGCCCGCCGUAGCGGUGGGUGGUCAGAAAGAGCUGAUCACAACACUUUCUCCCCCACCCCGUUUUCGGCUGUAUCUUGCUUUAGCUUUGUGUAUGUUUGAUGGUGUUCAAAAAAAAAAAAUCUGAAAUCAGAAUCAUUUCUAUCUUGAGCCUACCAAGGCACUCACACUCAGCAUUAAAUGUAAAUAGAACAAAAGUGCACCUGUUUAAAAAGUGCGAGCACAUCUCUUCUGGUUAAAAACCUGCUUUAAGACGCUUUAUUGUUUUAAUAGCCAUUUCAGCCGCGCUUCUGCUGUUAAGCAUUUUUUCCUACAUUUACUAGCUUCUUCUGUUUAUCAUGUAUUUUCCUCAGAGCCAAUUUUAUCCCCAAGAAAUAUCUCGGUGUCCCUGAUGGAGGCAUUUCAGAAUGCAGGCAGGGAAGGCCAGAGGUGAAGAAAAGCCGGGCGGGAGCGGGGGGUAGUUGCUGAGGGAAGGGGAGGGAAGCUGGAUGAGCUAGUGAGGACCGGGCUUUUCCUGGGCUCAGAUGCCUCUCCCCAGGGACAGAUCCCCUCUGCUCCCUCCUUUUUGUCCCUCUGGCCAUUUUCUUUUGCUCCCCCAGGAGAAUGUAUGUCAGGGUUUGUCAACCUCAGCACUACUGGUAUCUUGGCCUGGACCAUCCCUUGCCACGGGUUCCUGGCCUCUACCUAAGAGAGGUGGGUAAGCAAGGCCUCCGCCAACCCCCCACCACACACACACAUUUGUAACAACCAAAAACAUGUCUCCAGACAUUACCACAUGUUCCGGGGGGGGGGCGGUGGGGCCAAACUUGCCCCUGGUUGAGAACCACUGGUAGAUUCCAACUGGGACCUUCUUCUUGAUCCUCUUUGCUGACAUGCUUUCAGGUCAGAAUUCUAGAGUAGAUCGUCCUGGCUCCUGGACCAAUUUCAAGUAAAAAAGCCUUCUGGAACAAAGUGAAUAAGGCAAUGGCCAUCACCAAUCACUUAAAAAAAUGGAGCGGCAUUGUUUUGGUAGGACUUGAAAUUAAUACCGAUAUAAUCACAUUAUCCUUUGGAUGCAGGGCUACACACGCUGACCCCUACGCCUGGCAGGAGUUGGGUGAGAUUUGAGUAAGUCACUAAGUUAACUUGUUUUCUCAAUUUCCUCUAGGAAUGGUUCCAGCCUCAGAAUGGGUCAUGAGGUAUGGUUUUUUUCGGUUUUGUUUGAAUCAAGAAACUGAUGAAAACAGAGCAACCUUCAAAGACGUGACUGAAUUCUAGUCUGACUUCAAGUGACCUCUGGAGAGCAGAGUUUUCGGUGCACUGUACAGGAGGUAAGAAAAGUAAGUGAGACUCAAAGGGAUGAAGUGACUGGCUCAGUAAGGCCACACACUGCCUUAGAAGAAACAGGACCUCUUGCUGCUUCAACCGGGAGAUGUUUGCUGGAACCCAGACCCUGACCGCCAGCAUCUGUGAGAGGGAACAGCAGAAAUCCGGCAAAUGGUGGGGUGAAUCCCUAGCCCUCUCGCAUGCUCACCCAAAUCAAGCAAUGCGCAUAGAGAAACACGGAAGACAUCCUCCUUCCCCGUGCUGGGAACACAGCAUUCAGGGGACCGGAGCAAUUUGUGUCGACAAGGUGGACUCAAGACCUUUGAACGUUCUACUGAUAUUUGGACUCUGCCUGCGAAAGGACCCGAUCAUCAGUGAAGAAGGAACAGCUCUCGCGAAGACCCCACUUCGAGAAGCAAAGCUUCAUAGGACCCCAGGCUGCAAGUGCGGCUGAUCAUUUUUUUACUGAUUUGAUGCUCUUGGGUCCAUCUCAGGCUGAUCUUGACAUCUUUCCUGCUCUGCUCUCUUCAACCGGACUUCCAUAUUUCUCUGUGGAAGAAGACUAAAAAUGGUGUUUCCAAUGUGGACAUUGAAGAGACAGUUCCUUGUCCUUUUAAACAUAAUCCUAAUUUCCAAACUCCUUGGAGCCAGAUGGUUUCCUAAAACUCUGCCCUGUGACGUCAGUCUGGACGCUCCGAAGGCCCAUGUGAUUGUGGACUGCACGGACAAGCAUUUGACGGAAAUCCCUGGAGGUAUUCCCACCAACGUCACCAACCUCACUCUCACCAUUAACCACAUACCCAGCAUCUCUCCAGCCUCCUUCCACCAGCUGGACUAUCUCGUAGAGAUCGAUUUCAGAUGCAACUGUAUACCUGUUCGACUGGGGCCCAAAGACCAUCUGUGCCCCAGGAGGCCGCAGAUAAAACCCAGAAGCUUUAGUAGACUCACGUAUUUGAAAUCCCUUUAUCUGGAUGGAAACCAGCUUCUAGAAAUACCUGAGGGUCUUCCUCCCAACCUGCAGCUGCUGAGCCUUGAGGCCAACAGUAUCUUUUCUAUCAUGAAAAAUAACCUAACAGAACUGACCAACAUAGAAAAGCUCUACUUGGGCCAAAACUGUUAUUUUCGCAACCCUUGUAACGUUUCGUUUUUCAUCGAAAAAGAUGCUUUUCUAAGUCUGAAAAAUCUAAAACUGCUCUCCCUAAAAGAUAACAAUAUCACCUAUGUCCCUACUACUUUGCCGUCUACUCUAACAGAACUCUAUCUUUAUAACAAUGCCAUUGCAAAAAUACAAGAAGAGGAUUUUAAUAACCUCUAUCAACUGCAACUUCUUGACCUAAGCGGAAAUUGCCCCCGUUGUUACAAUGUCCCAUUUCCUUGUACACCCUGCGAAAAUAAUUCUCCCCUACAGAUCCACCCAUCGGCUUUCGACGCACUGACAGAAUUACAAGUGUUACGUCUGCACAGUAACUCUCUUCAGCAUGUGCCCCAGAGAUGGUUUAAAAACAUUAAAAAACUGAAGGAGCUGGAUCUUUCGCAAAAUUUCUUGGCCAAAGAAAUUGGGGAUGCCAAAUUUUUGUAUCUUCUUCACGACCUUGUCCAGCUGGAUCUGUCUUUCAAUUAUGAACUUCAGGUCUAUCGUGCAGCUCUGAAUCUGUCAGAUGCAUUUUCUUCACUGAAAAACCUGAAAGUGUUGCGGAUCAAAGGAUACGUUUUUAAGGAGUUGAGCAGCUAUAAUCUUUCCCCAUUACGGAGUCUUUCCAAUCUUGAAGUUCUUGAUCUCGGCACUAACUUCAUAAAAAUUGCGGACCUCAGCAUAUUUGAACAAUUCAAAACAUUGAAAGUCAUAGAUCUUUCAAUGAACAAAAUAUCACCUUCAGGAGAUUCAAGUGAAGUUGGCUUCUGCUCUAGCACCAGAACUUCUGUAGAAGGUCAUGCACCCCAGGUCCUUGAAACAUUACAUUAUUUCAAAUAUGACGAGUACGCAAGGAGUUGCCGGUUCAAAAACAAAGACACUCCUUCUUUCUUGCCUUUUAAUAAAGAUUGUUACACGUAUGGGCAGACCUUGGACCUAAGUAGAAACAAUAUAUUUUUUAUCAAGUCCUCUGAUUUUCAGCAUCUUUCUUUCCUAAAAUGCCUAAAUUUGUCAGGAAAUACCAUUGGCCAAACUCUCAAUGGCAGUGAAUUUCAGCCUUUAGUGGAGUUGAAAUAUUUGGACUUCUCCAACAACCGGCUUGAUUUACUCUACUCAACAGCAUUUGAGGAGCUGCACAACCUGGAAGUUCUAGAUAUAAGCAGUAACAGCCAUUACUUUCAAUCAGAAGGAAUUACUCACAUGUUAAACUUUACCAAGAACCUGAAAGUUCUGAAGAAGCUGAUGAUGAACUACAAUGACAUCGCUACCUCCACCAGCAGGACCAUGGAGAGUGAGUCUCUUCGGAUUCUGGAAUUCAGAGGAAAUCAUUUGGAUGUUUUAUGGAGAGAUGGUGAUAACAGAUACUUAAAAUUCUUCAAGAAUCUGCGGAAUCUAGAGGAAUUAGACAUCUCUGAAAAUUCUCUGACUUUCUUGCCCUCUGGAGUUUUUGACGGCAUGCCUCCGAAUCUAAAGAUUCUCUCCUUGGUCAAAAAUGGGCUCAAUUCCUUCACUUGGGAAAGACUCCAGUAUCUGAAGAAUCUAGAAACUUUGGACCUCAGCUACAAUGAGCUGAAAACUGUCCCUGAGAGAUUAUACAACUGUUCCAGAAGCCUCAAGAAACUGAUUCUUAAGUAUAAUCAAAUCAGGCAUCUGACAAAGUAUUUUCUACAAGACGCUUUCCAGUUGCGGUAUCUGGACCUCAGCUCAAAUAAAAUCCAGAUUAUCCAAAAGACUAGUUUUCCAGAAAAUGUCCUCAACAAUCUGGAGAUGUUACUUUUGCAUCACAAUCGGUUUCUGUGCACCUGUGAUGCUGUGUGGUUUGUCUGGUGGGUUAACCAUACGGAGGUGACCAUUCCUUACUUGGCCACGGAUGUGACUUGUGUGGGGCCAGGAGCACACAAGGGCCAGAGUGUAGUCUCUCUGGAUCUGUAUACCUGUGAGUUAGAUCUGACUAACCUGAUUCUGUUCUCACUUUCCCUAUCGGUGGCUCUUUCUCUGAUGGUGAUUACAACAGCAAACCACCUGUACUUCUGGGAUGUGUGGUAUAGCUACCAUUUCUGUAAGGCCAAAAUAAAGGGGUAUCGGCGUCUGACAUCCCUGGAUUCUUGCUAUGAUGCUUUUGUUGUAUAUGACACUAAAGAUCCCGCGGUGACAGAAUGGGUUUUGGAUGAGCUGGUGGCCAAGUUGGAAGACCCAAGAGAGAAACAUUUUAAUUUAUGUCUGGAGGAAAGGGAUUGGUUACCAGGGCAGCCGGUUCUGGAAAACCUUUCCCAGAGCAUACAGCUUAGCAGAAAGACGGUGUUUGUGAUGACAGACAAGUACGCGAAGACUGAGAACUUUAAGAUAGCAUUUUACUUGUCCCAUCAGAGGCUCAUGGAUGAAAAAGUGGACGUCAUCAUCUUGAUAUUCCUUGAGAAGCCCCUUCAGAAAUCCAAGUUUCUCCAGGUCCGGAAGAGGCUCUGUAAGAGUUCUGUCCUUGAAUGGCCGACAAACCCACAGGCUCACCCAUACUUCUGGCAGUGUCUGAAAAAUGCCCUGGCCACAGACAAUCACGUGACCUAUAGUCAGUUGUUCAAAGAGACGGUCUAGGCCUUCUUUGCAAAACAAGACUGCCUAACUUACCAAGGAGAAGCUUGGCUGCCUAGAUUUGCUGAUAUAUGUCUCACUAAAAGGGUGUUUUUCAACUCUCUAAGACCGGGAUGGUCCAAAUCAGAGAGGAGAGUCACAGUGACAAAGGAGUUGGAAUGAUGGAAUUUAUAUAAUGCAUUGAGUCAUCUUUCUUAACUCUCUGGGACUCCAUUUGCACUCGAGCCUCUCCUUUCUGUUCCUGGAUCGAUACUAUUGGGAGGACGGCGGCAAGGAGAGGACGCGAGGCUCUCAUUCUCCUGUAAUUCUCUUGUGAUUAUUAAAUAUACACACAAUCUCGAAAUACUGACAAGAAUUGCACUUCUGCCCAUAACAAGUACUGGUAUGUCUAGCAACAGGGUAAGAGAUGCUCAGGGUCCGCGUAUAUGACAUUACAAUGUACCAGACUUCAUGAAAUGAAAACACAAGUCAACUCCCCAACUGAUGGCUUCCGUGUCACCCAGCGCCCCCUUCUGUGCAGAUCGAACAUUGACUCCCGACGGGUGGUUGCCUAGGUGCCACUCUCUCUUUGCCCUUGGGCCUGUUGCUGGGUUCCGUGUGGAAAUAGUGAAAAACAUCUUUACCACUGAUGGACUAUGUGGACUAUGUCCAUUUACACAUGGAAAAAAUUGAAGUGAUCGGCCUUUAUACAAAGUGAGGCUCUUUCCCGUUGAUAAUUUACCUGCUUAGAUAUUGUCAUGGACUGAAUGUUCCCUCCCAAAUUCAGAUGCUGAUAUCCUAACCCCCGAGUGGGACGGUAUCAGGAGGUGGGGCCUUUGGGAGGUGAUCAGGUCAUGAGGGUGGAGCCCUCAGGAACGGGAUCAGUGCCUUAUGAGAAAACCACGGAGACCUAGUUUGCCGUGUUCCUGCCGAGCCAGAGGAUACAAAGAGAAGUCACUAGCCUGCAGCUCAGAAAGGGCCCUCCCCAGAACCAGACAGCGCUGGCACUCUGAGCCAGGAUUUCUGUCCUUCAGAACUGGGAGAAAUAAGUGUGUGUUAAGUCAUCCGGUUGAUGAUGUUUCCUUACGCAGCAGCCUGAGCCAACUCAAACAAGUAUUUUUAUCUGCGUUGCAAAGUUCUGUGUCCAAAGUAACAUUGUGUCAUGCAAUUGGUCUUUCAGACUGCUUUGCUAACUAGUAUCGUAUAUCUGUAAUUAUCUGCCGACUUGAUCCGUCGAUAUUAGAUGGUUAUGAUAGCAGACUCUGGAGGAGGAGCCCAAGAACAUUCAUUUAUUUACAGCUAUCGGGCAGGGACGACAGUUCUAUGGAUUUGUUUAAAUUGCAGGGAGGCAGAAGGGAGAGGAGAAACUGAGGUUUACAGGCCUCAACGCUCAGAAGGCUUCAGUCUUGAAUGCCAACUUUCCUACUCAAAGGCAGCAACAGAAAGGACCAAGGCAUACCGAAGACACCCAUACUUUCAAUUGGGUCUAAAGUCACAUGAGUUCAACGUUUGAAACCCGAACGCUUGGCUUUAUUUCAUGAGAGUGAUUAUCUACAGAGGAGCAUUCGUUGGGAGAUACUAUGUCCGUGUGAAAUGCUGAAGGUUUUCCUUUGAGUAUAGUUGUAAAUAAAUACACAGUAUAUGCAUUCUUUCCAAAGGAUUUGUAAUCGGUAAGGGUUAUGCAUUCCCAAACCGGUCUCUGGAAUGAAUAAAGACAUAAGCGGCUAGAGCCAACUAUUUGA